AUGCCCAAGAAGGCUAAGGAGGAGGCGGAGUGGCAGGACGACGAGGCCCCGCCAGCCGCAGCACCGGAAAAAACUGUGAAGAAAGGAAAGAAAAAUAAGAAGGACAAAAAAAGCUUCUUUGAGGAUCUUGCCACAGAAAGCCAACCAGACAAGGCCGAGGACGGUCCUGCUAAAGAAGCGCAAGGGAAGCAUGGAAAGCCUCAGAAAAAAAAGAAAGACCGGCGGAAAGGCAAAGGGGGUGACGACGAUGAUGAGGAGGAUGAAGACGUCACACUGAAGCUGGAGAAACUGUCAGUCCAGCCCAGCGAUGAAGACGAGGAGGAGACGGUUGCUGCUCCUAAAGGCAACAAGAAGAACAAGGGUGGGAACAUCUUUGCAGCUCUGAGCCAGGGCCAGAGUGACGAAGAGGAAGAGGACGACGACUCGGAAGAAGAGAAGGUUGUCAGAAAGGAUGUUGAGAAGGGCAAGAAGAAAACUGACAAGAAACCGGAUAACAAGCAGGCAAAGAAAGGCAAAGCUGCUGAGUCCAGUGAUGAAGAGGAGGAGAGCGAUGGAGACGACACCAUGAAGAGCGCAGAGGACGUGAUCGCUCAGCAGGCGCAGCAGCAGGAGGAAGACCCCUUUGCCAACCUCAGCAAGAAAGAGAAGAAGAAGAAAAAAAAACUGCUGGAGUACGAGCGGCAGGUGGCCAGUGUGCGUGCUCAGAACGCCAUGGAGGGAGACUUCUCCAUCUCUCAGGCCGAGCUGUCCUCCAGGCAGGCCAUGCUGGAGAAUGCCUCCGACAUCAAGCUGGAGAGAUUCAGCAUCUCGGCUCACGGAAAGGAGCUUUUCGUCAACGCAGACCUGCUGAUCGUGGCUGGCCGCAGAUAUGGUUUGGUGGGACCAAAUGGUAAAGGAAAGACCACACUGUUGAAACACAUAGCCAACAGAGCCCUCAGUAUUCCCCCCAACAUCGAUGUCCUCCUGUGUGAGCAGGAGGUGGUGGCAGACGACACCCCUGCAGUCCAGGCGGUGCUGAAGGCCGACACUAGGCGUCUGAAACUGCUGCAGGAGGAGAAGCAGCUGCAGUCGCGCCUCGAGAUGGGAGAGGACAGUGUGGCUGAGAGGCUUGACAAGGUGUAUGAGGAGCUGAGGGCGAUCGGUGCAGCUGCAGCAGAAGCCAAAGCUCGCAGGAUCCUGGCCGGUCUGUCAUUCACACCCGAGAUGCAGAACAGGCCCACCAAGAAGUUCUCUGGAGGAUGGAGGAUGAGAGUGUCCUUGGCCCGAGCACUGUUCAUGGAGCCCACUCUGCUCAUGCUGGACGAGCCCACCAACCACCUGGACCUGAACGCUGUCAUCUGGCUCAACAAUUACCUUCAGGGCUGGAAGAAGACUCUGUUGAUUGUGUCUCACGACCAGAGCUUCCUGGACGAGGUCUGCUCAGACAUCAUCCACCUGGACAUGCAGAAGCUCUUCUACUACAGGGGCAACUACUUGACAUUCAAGAAGAUGUACGUGCAGAAGCAGAAAGAGCUGCAGAAACAGUACGACAAACAGGAGAAGAAGCUGAAGGAGCUCAAAGCUGGAGGGAAGUCCACCAAACAGGCCGAGAAGCAGACGAAGGACGUGCUAACCCGGAAGCAGCAGAAGGGCAAGAAGAAGGGCGGCCAAGAGGAGGAGAGCCUAGAGGCACCGGACCUCCUCAAGAGGCCCAAAGAGUACACUGUCAAGUUCACAUUCCCCAACCCGCCUCCACUGUCCCCCCCCAUCCUGGGACUGCACUGUGUGGACUUUGGAUACGAGUCACAGAAGCCGCUCUUCAAGAACGUGGACUUCGGUAUCGACAUGGACUCCAGAAUUUGUAUCGUUGGACCGAACGGCGUGGGGAAGAGUACACUGCUGCUGCUGCUCACAGGAAAAUUGCCCCCGACUAAAGGCGAGAUGAGGAAGAACCAUCGUCUGAAAGUGGGCUUCUUCAACCAGCAGUACGCAGACCAGCUGAACAUGGAGGAGACGGCCACAGAGUACCUCCAGAGGAACUUCAACCUUCCGUACCAGGACGCACGCAAGUGUCUGGGCCGCUUUGGUCUGGAGAGCCACGCCCACACCAUCCAGAUCUGCAAGCUCUCCGGUGGGCAGAAGGCCAGGGUGGUGUUUGCGGAGCUUUCCUGUCGCCAGCCGGACGUCCUUAUAUUGGAUGAACCCACCAAUAACCUGGACAUCGAGUCGAUCGAUGCUCUGUCUGAAGCCAUCAACGAGUACAAAGGAGCGGUGAUCAUCGUGAGUCACGACGCGCGCCUCAUCACAGAGACGCAGUGCCAGCUCUGGGUGGUGGAGGACUGCCUGGUGAACCAGAUCGACGGGGACUUCGAGGACUACAAGAGGGAGGUGCUUGAGUCUCUGGGGGAGACAAUGGUGAACAAGGUCAACCCGUGA